AAGCAGGUGAUAAGAAAAGCCAAAUCUCUCAACAGUCCACUGCUUCCACUUGGAAGAUAUUUUGGUGUCACAGAUGGCGAAGUAUCCAUGCAGCGAUGCAGGAGGAGACCAAAGAGGCGGUGACGCCUCAGGAGUUGUCGGAGGGAGCGUGCUCGAAGCCCUCGCUCUCCCUCACCAGCGCCCUCUCCAGGAUGACUCGGCCCUCCUUGUAGCGCUGGCUCUCCUCCGUGGCGAACUCGUACAUCCAUCCCAGUUUGCUGUUGCAGUUCUUGCAGCUGACGUCGCGCACCAUGUGUCGGCCCGUUAGCAUGACUCGGUCCUGCACCUCGCUGUGCUGCAGAUUCACCACCUGAGGAGGCGGAGACACCAUCGAAAGUAAUGCUUCAACUCUUCACCAACACAACGCUGCACGCUUCCACACCCAGCGUCCUGUCCUUCUGAUCAAGGUCGGCUACCAAAUUCAGAUGCCAAACUCAAUUCAACUUCUCUUUGAAGAGGAGCAGCAGCUCCACUCUGAGUCUGGACCUCAUGACCGAGCUCCUCACCCUAACCUGACCUGCUGGUUCUAGUUCAGACUGGUCGUGGUUUCUAGAGAUCAGUUCUUCAGAGAGAUUUGGUGUCGUCACCGGCCAGUGACACCAACAGAAAAAAACAAUCUGCAGAAAUCUAUCAUGAAAACUGUGAAAAGUGUGACUGGCAGCAGGAAUUCACCACUCACUGGUGUAUGAUUUCGUGACAGAAUCUGUAAAACGAUCCGAAUGCUAAUGAGGAUUGUAAUCCACUGUUUCCAGUUGCUCUCCAAUAUCCCUUGCAGAAAAGCAGGUCUGCCUCAAGAGUCUGUUCUGUACCUUGUUAAAGAGGAAAGCCCGACCGGUGGCCCCAGUGAAGCGGGUGGAGAUGAGCUCGGCUCUGUUGGUCAGAAUUGUGUCACAGUUGGCACAAGAGAAGAGACGGGUCCCGCCAAUGUGAUCCAGGAAGAUGCGGCCCAUUGUGCCCGAUUCAAAACGCCUGUGGGACAAGAAGCAAACGGCGACCAAAUGACUGAUAAUGCGCGGCAUAUCACGAGAGACGGGUCACAUACGGCAGGCGACUUGAAGAGACGCGCACGGGGCGAAGAAAUCCUCGUAUGACAACCAUGCUUCCACGGCUGCUUGUGUUCUCUCUCCUGGGAGUCACAUGGACUUCCGCGGCUGAGCUGCCUUGCUCGAAGAUGUCCCCCUCUCAGCCUAAACCAACCAACGUCAACCACCUCCGACCUGCAGACGUGUCGGUGUUUUCCACUGUGAAUCUGCAGAGUGAGAUGUCCACUGUCGUGUCAACACUCCUCGAGCUGAUGGCUCUGAGCAACCCCGCCCUCACCAGUGCUCUGGAUGAAUCCCACCUUCCCUCCUCUCUGCACCAGCCGAGACUGUUGGAGCGAGCAGAACAGGCGGCUGCGUCUCUGCAGAGCUACCAGGAUGUUUGGAAACUGCUGCUUCUCUUCGUCCCAGUGGAUCAGCUCUGCGUGUGCGAGCAGCGGCAGGCUCAGUCGGUGAUCCAGUCCGUCGCCUCGGAGGUGGACCAUGUCCUGAAGCUCCUGCAGUCUCAGCUAAAGCAGACCAUCGUCAGUGUUGCAUUAUGGGAUGGAGCGGGCGACACGAGCCGGAGCUGUGCGUGUGUGGCGUCGCAGCAGGAGGGAGAGGUCAGGCUUCACAGGGCUCUGCUGACUCAGGCUCUGCAGGAGUCGCUGGAGCAGCUACUGGUGAGGAAUCGCUGGUACGGCGGCGAUCGAGAGGACUUCGCUGUCGUCCUGCAGGACUGGCCUUUCACCCUGAAUCUCUCGCCUGCUGGAUCAAAGACGGCCUCUGACCCUCGAGAGGAAACUGAGCGGCUGACGGUGCAGCUGUGGACCAACCUGCUCCAGCCGACCACUGGAAGCGACUUGACGGAUGAAAACGGACACUUGAUAAAACUGCCGUGUCCCACUGAGGAGCGACCGUUCCUGAGGACAGAAGGAAACUCUCCGUCGCAUCACGGCGGCCAGUCCUCACCGCCUGUGCCCCAUGCGACGGGAACAGAGAUGCCGUGUGAAGACUUUGACCCCUCGCCGUCCUCACCGACCUCAGUUCAUGAACUGAGGCCAGCGGACAUUAAGGUGAUCGGCGCCGUGGGAGACUCGCUGACGGCCGGCAAUGGGAUCGCCUCCAGUCCAAACAACAUUUUGGACGUCUUGACUCAGUAUCGAGGUUUAUCCUGGAGCGUUGGCGGAGACGACAACCUGACCACUGUCACCACGCUGCCCAACAUCUUGAAGUAUUACAACGCCAAACUGACGGGGUACUCUGUGGACACGGGCGAGCAGACGUCUCCUCAGGCCUUUCUCAACCAGGCAGUGGCCGGGGCCAAGAGCAAAGACGUUCCACCUCAGGUCCGAGCGCUGGUGGCGAGAAUGAAGAAUGACACUAGAAUCGACUUUGAAUCGGACUGGAAGCUGAUCACUUUCUUCAUCGGUGGGAACGACAUCUGCGACCACUGCUACAACUCUCUUCAGUUUUCCGUGGAGAACUACGUGCGACACGUCCGCGACAGCCUGGAUUAUCUCCACAGAGAGGUUCCUCGAGCGCUGGUGAACUUAGUGGAGCCACUUCACAUUCUCCCACUGAGGGAAAUGCACGUCAACGCGUCAGUGAAAUGUCCCACCUGGCUGGUCAAUAUUCUGUGUCCGUGUGUGAUCCUGCCCAAGCCCGACUCCGUCUCCCUCCAGAAGGUGGAGGAAAUCAACCGAGAUUAUCAGCGAUUCCUGAACGACCUGGUGGAGUCGGGUCGCUACGACACUCGUCCAGACUUCACCGUGGUCAUCCAGCCGUUACUGAGGGACGUGGUGCUUCCCAAACUGCCGAACGGAAGUCCGGAUCGCUCCUUCCUCAGCGCAGACUGUUUCCAUCUCAGCCAGAAGGCUCAGACGCUGAUGGCCCGCUCGCUCUGGAACAACAUGUUGGAGCCUCUGGGAAACAAAACGGCCAAGCAGGAGUUUUCUACUGACCUCGGCCUGAAAUGUCCAACGAAGGCCUCACCGUACAUCCGAACCUUUCGCAACAGUAACUACACAUAUGCAGCUCCGAAACCUACACCCGGACCUGUGCCGAACUGGGGGAGCGACUUCUCCUGCGUGGACCUGGCGCCGUCCGCGUCUGUGCCGAGCUCAGUUCACAGACUCAGACCAGCUGACAUCAAAGUGGUGGCGGCGGUGGGAGACUCCACCACGGUGGCGACUGGAGCCAAGGCCAAGACCUUGUUUGACCUGAAUAAAGAGUAUAGAGGCGUCUCAUGGAGCAUUGGAGGAGAUAAAACGAUCGAUGCUGUUACCACGCUGCCAAACAUCUUGAGGAAGUUCAACCCGUCACUCAAAGGCUUCUCCAAAGGUCAAGGUUCACGGCAAAAGGGCUUCAACAUGGCAGUGUCCGGAGCCAUGACAUCGUCAAUCCCCGCACAAAUUCAAGAGCUCAUCAAGGUCAUGAAGGAAGACAAGGCAGUGAAUUUUGAGCAAGACUGGAAACUUCUGACCGUCUUUGUCGGGGGAAAUGAUCUGUGCAGCUACUGCCUGGAUCAGAGUAACCUGUCGCCUACAAACUACAGUCAUCAUCUGAUGCUGGGGCUCGACCUGCUUUACCAAGAGGUUCCCCGGAUGCUGGUCAAUGUGGUGGAGGUAUUGCAGAUAGAGACAUUAAAAAGAGUGAAGAAGAAGACCCUGGGCUGUUUGCUCUUGCAAAGGACGAGCUGCCCGUGUGUCAUCAACCCAUCUGAAAACUCCCCAGAGAUGGAAGCUAUAAAGCGUGUCAACAAUCUAUACCAGAAUGAGCUCCAGAAUCUGAUUUCUGGAGACCGCUACGAGGGGAGGGCAGAUUUUGCUGUGGUGCUUCAGCCAUUUUUACACAGCUACUUCAUCCCACACGUCGGCGAAGGAGAGGCUGACACGACCUUCUACUCUCUGGACUGCUUCCACAUCAGCGAACGAGCCCACGCUGAGAUGGCCAUCGGACUGUGGAACAACAUGUUGGAGCCUGUGGGCCGGAAGAAAACCUACAACGACUUCACGCAUGACCGCUCCAAGCUUCGCUGUCCGUCUCAGGUCAAUCCCUUCAUCUUCACCAAGAGCAACAGCAGACCGACUCCUCCUGUGACCUCCACUACCAGUGCACCCCAUUUCACCUCAAGCGCCGCGGCGCCGCCCUGCUCGACCCCGCUACCAGUCUGGGUGCCAGUAGUGGUGGGAGUAGUGAGUCUUAUAGUUGGUGUCGUCAUGACAUUAUCAGCCGUCUCUUGCUUGCAUAGUCGGAAAAGCAAAAAAGACUCAUCAUUUCAAUUGAAUGGAACUUCGUUUUAAAUGGUUCUGAUGUCGCAGCGGCACAUUGUGCGUUUUUGUGUUGCACACGAGCAGCAGUAUGUUAAAAAGAUCAAGUUUUUGUACGCGAUCUUAUUUAUUAAAUAAAAAUGAAAGUCUCCGCCGCAACUGCCUGUCAGUCGCUUGAGCGCGAGCGCAUUUGUAAAAGUUUAGUGAUCACAGAUGCGCUUUUUGUUCACUUUGAAGAGAAGAAGUGACCAGCUCGGGAUCCAGAAGUAUUUUUGUACUGUUUCCCAAGACGAUCGAGUUUUUUUUUUAAUGAAAAUAGCCAUUUCUGCAAAUGUUUACGAAGGUUAGCGCGCGCUAGCUAGCUUCUAUUCAUUAGCAACCGGGUGUGUCUAGUCACAUUUCCUCAUUUUAUUUAUCAAAUAUUGCUCACAAAUUUGCAAUAUAUUAUAUGCUGGUGCUACGUUUGUAUGUGUUGUGAUGCAGCAAUGACAAAAAAGAGGGGGGUUUUCACCGACGCCACAAUUGGCAUAGGAAGUAGGAUGGAAACGUUGCUUAACCACCGGAUGCGAAAUGCUAUAUAUACUAUACUAUACUUCUCAAUUAUUUUCUGUUGCGCCCUCCCACCACUGAAGUAGUAAAUGUUUCACGCUCCCCAGUAGCAGCAUUUGUCUAUAAAAUUAUUAUAAGUACAACAUUAUAGAAAAUAAAAGAUAAAGUAGAAGUCAACUUCCAAUAAAGAAUAACUUGAUCAACAUUGUUUUUGUCUGUCACAGAAAAGACUCCAAGUGCAUCAAUUUGCCUGAACUUUAAAGGAAAUUACAAUUACACUUUAUUCUAGUAUUCAAAAAAGUAUGCCCCAUGUUUUGAAAACAAAACUGAGGUGUUAUUCAGAUAGCUGCCUGAUC